UAUUCACUAACCUACAAAGGCAGUGCAGACAGCCUUCAAAGCGUCUACAGACCCUGCACUCAUUACCAUUUCUGAUACUCUACGGCCCAUCCCUGGACCAACCCUUCCGCAAUGACAAGUCCGAGAAUAUUUAUAACUGGCGGUGCCGGACUUAUAGGGGGCGAUUAUCUCCACAUUCUAACUGAUAAGUAUCCAUCGUGGAGUAUCGUUGCUUUGGUCAGGCAAUCGGAAAAAGCAGCUCUGAUGGCCCGAUAUUAUCCUCAAGUCGAGAUUAUACUUGGGACACUCGAUGAUGUUGGCAUACUUGAACGGGAAAGCACUAAGGCAGAUGUGGUUCUUAAUUUCGCGGACUGUGACCACAAGCCGGCUGCCGAAGCUAUCAUCAGGGGUCUCGCUCAACGUGAAAAUAUUGGAACAGUAAUCCAUACCUCUGGGGCGAAAAUCAUUGCUUGGGAAACAGAAUCGCAGCCAUCCAUGUGGGGCAAAGAUAUCCCACGCCGUUACAAUGAUUGGGCGGGUGUUGAAAAACUGACUACUAUCUCACCAGUCGAGAGCCCCAAGCAUUCAGGUUCUGAGGAUGUCCUCCCAAGCUGGGCUGCUCAUCGCGAUGUUGAUGAAGUAAUCCUUCAGGGAUUUCGUAACCAUCCUAGAAAUGUCAGGACAGCAAUUGUCUGUCCUCCAACUGUAUAUGGCCCGUCGCGGUUUCCUGGUUUCACGAGGUCUAUUCAGCUUCCACGUUUGCUGAAUGUUGUCCUACGGCGGCGUAGAGCAUUCACCAUCAACGGAAAUGAAAAUCGAUGGAACAUGGUACAUACACAGGACAUUUCCCAGUUGUAUCUUCUAUUGACGGAAGCAGCUGUGGACAGGCGGUUGGGCGAUUUAUGGAAUGAAAAAGGCUACUAUUUUGCUGAGCAUGGGGAAUUCAGAUGGGGCGACGUUAUUCGGGAGAUAGCUCGCAUUGGUUAUGAGAAAGGUUUGUUGAAUUCUGCUUACCCGGAAGAAUUGUCCAAUGAAGCAGUUUCCCAGUUCUGGUAUGGUGGCCAAAUGAACGUCAGCUCAACAAGUUUGGGCCACUCUCGAAGAGCAUGGAACCUUCUUGGAUGGAAACCCACCAAGCAUCAUCUGCUGCAAGACAUUGGCCGAACGAUGGAUGUUGAGGCCUUCCUGUUGAAGUCUCAAAAGUAAAUAUUAAUGUUACAGAAGUGGUAAUAUCUGAGAUGAACGUGGUAGUGGUUCAGUGUGUGAGCAAGCAAUAUUAGCAAUCAUUCUGCUCCUUUUGGAAGAGACACUCAGAGAAGUUCGAAAGACUUUCUACAUGUCACGCCUGAAG